GCUAGCUCAGCUUUUUCCCAGGGCAGCGUUUCACGGGUUGUAUCGCUGCGCUCGUGCCAAUUAAUAGGAGACCCCAGGCCGUUGGAGCCUCAGUUCACGAGCUGUGCCUGCAGCGCUCGAAAUCCGCGGCCACAGGACCCCAAAUCAGCCAAGGGCUGUGACAGCAUCGCUGCCACGCCGCGCGGGACGGUCGACGCUCUUAGCCGCCGCAACAACGUAGCCGCAGCAACGUAGCCGCCGCAACAACACGCGCGGCAGGGUGAAGAGCAGCCAGAUGGACACCCUCACGCCCGCCGCCAGAAAGCUAGCCAGCGAGGCGCCGUCCUUCCGCGCCCUGAAGCAGCGCACCGACGCCGGCACGCUACGCAUCGUCUUUGUCUUGGGAUUACCGCGCGGCGGCACGACGGCGACGGAGCGUUUCCUGUACGAAGCUUUACCUUUCGACGCCCAGGUCAACGAGCCCAGUUUAUUAGGACUGCCGGACGGCUCGAAUAGGAUCGAGCCGGUCUUCCGCGCGGUCUUGGAGGCCUCGACCAACGCGACGACGAUCCUCGUCAAGGAGGUGUCCAAUAAGGUUCUACCCGCGACGAUCGAACUGUGGAGCGCGAUCGCGAGGUGGUGGGUCGUUGUCGUGCGCCAACCGCGGCUGCAGCUCGAGAGCCGCCUCGUGUCGAUGCUGGACCGCGUCGACAGCGGCGCCUUAGCACCACACUUCACGCCGGAGGAUUCAUCUAUCGACGGCCGCCGCGUCACAUCCACUCAAUGGCGCGAUGCUUGGAGACGCAUGAAAUGUGAACGGGACUACUCACAACUUGGAGAGGGCGCCGCACGGUUAUGUUUAUUACACCCGUUCUGCCUGUGGCCGGAUGUCCAAGAAUCGAUUCUGGGGGACGUGCGCUGCACGGAGAUGGCCUCUCUUAGUAACUUGGACGAGGCGGCGUGUGCGCGCAUCGUCGAUUGGCGCCUCGGCUGGACGGCUCUGGAGAAGCACCUGGACGCGCUCUCGUUGCUGGAGGCGCCCCCGGACGUAACCAUUGUCGAUUUCUCGUCGGUGCAGGCGGACGGCGGCGCCGCGCUGCGGGAGAAGCUGCGUCUCUCCCUCUUCUUCGGCGCAUCUCAUACGCCGGCGCGGCGGCCGUUCGAGUGGUGCGCCCACAAGGAGCGGUGGGACGACGGUAGUUGGGCGCGCUGGUACGGUGGGCCGUGCUUCGCCCAUGAUAGGUCGGCGGCGAUUCAGAAGCCACUGAAGGCGCCCCUUCCGUCGAGCGCGCUGCCGCCGUUUUUGAGGCCCGCGCUGGCGGAUGCUUCGAGAGCUUGGGCGAGGCUGGUGCUCCUGGACAGGCGCGCAUUGCCGCCCGUCGCGGCGCUGGGCGUCGACGCGGUGCACGACUGGGCCUGCGUUUCUUACGGCCGCCAGGACGAUGGCGUUUUGAUAGAGGCGGAGCGCGUCGUCGUCGGCGCCGCAGCAGCCGUCGUGACGCCUUCGCCGUCGCCCGCCCCAUACUGAAUGUAACGUUGUCGUGUUUUACAAAAA